AAUAUGUCUGUAAAUAGUGUCAAUUAAUAAAAAAUCUGAAUCUGAAAAAAAUCUUUGCUGGUCUGUUGCUCUCUCCUUGGAGGGCAGGGUCCCUGGAAUAUUAUGCUUUGUCUAAGAAAUGGAUACCUUAGUAAUUUCCGCGCAAAUUGUGACACAGGCGAAUGUAUAGUAAACGUUGCUGGUAUAUAUAUCAUUGUAACUGUUCUAAAUGGCACUGAGAAUUGUUGAUGGUCACGCAUAUGUCAGGGGUUCCUUAUUUUGUGCCAUCACACACGCAACUGUCACGUGUUCUACCAAUUUCCCAAUUUGACUGUCACGAGAUUCAUCACAGGUCUCAUUCAGAAGUCACGAAAUUUGUACAUAAUGCAGUUAGUCGUAUUUCCGCAGGAUAUCUUUGUGGGCUUCGUUCUGUGGACAUGAGUUCCACAUCAGAUAAUCAAGGAAACCGAACAGUCGACAAUAAGUUCAAGGAAAACAUUCUUCGAGCUCUGAACGCUAUGAGGCAAGAAAACAGCCUUUGCAAUGUUAUUCUUCGCGUCAGUGGCACGAUCAACUUUUCCGCUCACCGAUGUGUUUUGUCUGCUAGCAGCUCAUAUUUUCAAGCACUAUUUACAGACGAUUUUCUUGAGAAACAGAGCGAUGUGGUGGAAUUAAAAGAAAUAGGUGCUUCUGCAAUGGAAAAAGUACUAGAAUUCAUUUAUACGGGCGAGGUAGAAAUCGACUUGGCAAGUGCACAGGAUUUAGUUAUGGCUGCCGAUUACCUAAACAUUCCAGCGUUAAAACUGAAUGCUUCAGCUGUGUUAGAAACGUCGAUCGAUGUGUCGAACUGUCUUUCUCUUCAGCAAUUUUCUACCAAAUAUGACUGUGUUCGGUUGAAAGAAUCCUGUGCUCUCUUCAUAAAUCAAAACUUCUCUCAAGUAGCCAAAUCAGAAGGAUUUGAAGCCUUGAGCUUCGAGUCGCUGAUAGACUUGUUCAGGCGUGACGAACUCAGUGUUGUAAACGAAAGCGAAGUCCUUCAUUCGGCGAUUUCUUGGGUAAAACACGACCUUCAUGCGAGGGAGAAACUUCUUCCCGAUGUUUUGAAGCAUGUUCGAUUCGCCCAUAUUCCUAAAAGUCACUUGGUUGACAUUGUCAACAGCGAAACAUUGCUUCAACGUAACGCAAUCUGCGUAGAUUUAUUACCUAACAACCCAGCAGGCACUACUUCCAUUAAUGCACUUGGAGCGUCACAGACGCCCAGAACAGGUCCUCUUGAGAUAGUGGUUAUACUAACAGGAGGUAAAUCGGUUUCGAGGUAUGGCUUGCAGAAAAACUUUUUGGCAUUCAGGCCGUCGCGUGACUCGUGGGUCACGCUACCUGAUCUUCAUCUUCCUCGUCAUAGUCACGGUGUGGCCGUCUGCAAAGGUUCACUGUACAUAACUGGGGGAGUUUGCGGAAACAUCGCUGCUCAUCACCACGUCUGUCGAUUUAGUCCUCUUCGUAAUAAAUGGCGUUGUGAUGUAUCUGAUCUUCCUUAUCCAGUGUCUUGUAGUGCUGUGGUUUCACUUCAGAACAAGUUGUUUGUGAUUGGUGGAAGAGACAAGCGUAAUAACACACUAACCAAAACACAGUGCUACAAUCCUCGGCGCAACCAAUGGGAUUGCGUCGCUGACAUGAACAUUCCACGUGAAAGCCACUGUGCAACGGUAUUGAAUGACGCUAUCUACGUCAUCAGCGGGGACAAAUUGAACUUUCAAAGCUCUGAAUUCUACGAUGUCUCCACGAACAAGUGGAACCUUUUACCAGACAUGACCUUGCCACGCCAAAGGCCAGCGGCUCAAGCUAAUGGCGGGAAAAUCAUGGUAGUCGGCGGCUUUCAAGGAGCAAACUACAAAAUGCACACCACGUGUGAGAUCUUCGAUCCAAAGCAAAACCUGUGGAGCCUGGUAUCUGGUCUUGUUGUACCACGUGCAGGGUGUGGGAUCACGUGCGUUAAAAGUCACGUGUAUGUAUUCGGCGGGUCCAAUGGCCGCUCAGUUCUGAACACCCUGGACAGUGUAGAACGUUACAGCGCUGAAGAGAACGAAUGGAAGAAAGUCUCUGUCAUUCCUGAGACUGUAAUUACGCCGCAGGUUGCUGUAAUUAGAAUGCCGAGAAAAUAUUUAGUAUGAAAUCUCAGUGCCAAAGUCGGUCCUGCAAUGGUACAUUUUUAUAACAUAUCAUUUCACGUAUUGAAAACUUGUUAUUAAAAAUUCCCCCAAAAGUAGAAAUUACCUGCCUUGCAAUUAAUUCUAAACGGCCCGACAAUUAAAGCCAUGAAAAUCUAGAAAAGGUAUCUGUAAAAAUGUAUUUUUUCACAUUACGGAAUGCACACUUGUUGUAGUGUUAAUUUGCAGGUACGGUGUCGGUAUUGGCAGUGCAAGGGAGGGGGGGUGAUGGAUUAGUGUGGUAGAGUGCUUGACGAUUUGACUGUGAUUAGGUACAUGAGGCACUUUUCUUCAGGUUCAGGCAUCUCGUUUUAUUUCUGUCAAUUUUUUUUGUUUGAAAUAGAUACCUUCAUUAAAACGAAAGCUCAAGAGAGUCGUUCGUUUAGGGGUCGAAGUUUCGAGGAACGAGAUAGCCGGUCACAAAGAAGAAUUAAUUUUAAUUUAAUGGAUCUAUCAAAACAGAGGUGUGAAUAAUGUAUUUAUUUCAUUCGUUUUGGCGUAAGCAACAACAGUUUUAAGUUUGCUGUAAAUUUUCUUCACGUUUAAGAUGUAGUCAGAUUGCCUGCAUACGUAUGGUCCAGCCAUUAAUAAAAGAGGUGACAUACUA